AUGACUGCAAACAAGUUAAAUUCUCAACGCCAAACUCUUGUACUAACAAAUAGAACAAUCGAAACAACUCGUGGUGGUCGUCGUGGUUCUGUCUAUGAAGUACCGCUUAAUCCUGUUCAAGCUUCAGCUGUUAGAGAUGCACUUGCAAAAGCAAUUUAUAAUAAUUUAUUUGAUUGGAUAGUAGACCGUAUAAAUUCUGCACUUCGUUCACGACAAAAGACAUCAUAUGUUAUAGGAGUUUUAGAUAUUUACGGUUUCGAAAUAUUUGAUGAUAACAGUUUUGAACAAUUGUGUAUCAACUAUGUCAACGAAAAGCUUCAACAGAUCUUCAUCGAAUUGACAUUGAAAGCUGAACAGGAGGAGUAUGCAAGAGAAAAAAUCAAAUGGACACCAAUAGAUUUCUUUAAUAAUAAGGUGGUGUGUGAUUUGAUUGAAGAGAAAAGACCACCUGGUAUUUUUGCUGCUUUAAAUGACGCUUGUGCCACUGCUCAUGCUGAUUCUGAUGCUGCGGAUAGCUCUUUCGUGCAACGUCUUGGUUUCUUAUCAACGAAUCAACAUUUUGAAUCACGCGGUAGUAAAUUUCUAAUCAAACAUUAUGCCGGCGACGUGCUUUACAAUAUACCUGGAAUGACUGAUAAAAACAAGGAUCAAUUGUUAAAGGAUUUGUUGGAAUUGAUUGAUUCCAGUCCAAAUGAAUUCUUGCACACUCUAUUUCCAGAUCAAGUUAACAAAGAUAGCAAGAAACGUCCACCGACUGCUGGUGAUAAAAUCAAAUUGUCUGCUAAUGAGCUUGUUAAAAAUCUUAUGCAGUCUCAACCUUCCUACAUCAGGACCAUCAAACCCAAUCAGAAUAAAAGUCCAUCAGAAUACGAUGAGAAAAUGGUUUUACAUCAAAUCAAAUAUCUUGGACUCAAUGAAAAUAUCAGAAAAACUUCAUAUGCUUCCGAGUAUAUAUGGAAUAGUGACCAUAAAUCUGGUUGUGAAGUGGUUUUGAAAGAUUGUGGAGUUACAAAAGGAGAGUGGCAAAUGGGCGUAACAAAAAUUUUCAUAAGAAGUCCUGAAACGAUUUGGGCGCUUGAACAUCUUAUUGAUAGAUAUUGGCACAAUAUGGCAAUAAGAAUUCAACGAGCAUAUCGUAACUAUGUUCGGUACAAAAACGAAUGUGCGACACGUAUACAAAGGUAUUGGAGAAAAAACAAGGAUCAGAUAGUUUAUGUACAAUUACGCGAUUAUGGUCAUCAAAUUUUGGACGGUAGGAAGGAACGUAGACGCUUCAGUUUAUUAAGUAUGAGGAAAUUCAUGGGUGAUUAUUUAUUGGUUGGUGUUGAAUCUAAUGCUGCUAGUGGUAAUGAUAAUAGCGGCGGUGAAGCUAUAAGGAAUGCUUGUAAUUUUAAAUCAAAUGAGUCUGUUGUAUUUAGUAAUAGAAUUCAAUUACUUGUUUCACGUCUUGGUAGGUCAAGUAAACCAAAUCCCAGAUAUCUAGUUUUGACAAACAAAGCAAUUUACAUAGUGGUAUCGACAGUUGAAAAAAGAUUAUUGACACUAAACGUUGAAAGAACAUUGCCACUAACCUCUAUCGACAGAAUAAGUUUAUCAAAUCUAAGAGAUGACUGGGUGGUACUUCAUAUCAAUAAUCCAACAAAAGAACUUGGCGACGUAAUACUUUCAACAUAUUUUAAAACUGAAUUCAUAACUCAUCUACUCCAAAACUCCAACUCUAAACCUAAAGUGUCAAUAUCUUCUAGUAUUGAAUAUUUUAAAAAAAUUGGUAAAACUGCUACGAUAAAAUUUAUUAAAGAUGAAGCUGUUAAAAAGGACGAUGCCUACAAAAGUCAUACAGUUUCAGUGUCUUCAGGUGAACCACCAAACUCAUUAUCAAAUCCUCCUUGCUCUAGAAAAGAAACAUUUAGCAGUGGUAAAAGUAGUAAAGGCGGUGGUAGAAAUCAGCCACCCGCCAACCCAACUUACAAAGCAAUUUAUGAAUUCAAUACAGAGGAUGAAGGCGAACUACCAUUUAAGAUUGAUGAUGUGUUAGAAAUAUUAGAGAAAGCCGAUAAUGGUUGGUGGCUUGCAAUAAAAGAUGGUGAAAAAGGUUGGGUACCAAGUAAUUAUUUGGAGGAAAUUAAAAUAUCCUCUAAACCACCUCCGCCUCUUCCACUCCCUGCCAGACGUAAACAACCGCCAACCCCUUCUUCUUCAACUACUGCUAAAAAUAAUAACGACGACGAUGAUGAGACAACAACGGAGAAUAAAACAUGGAAACCUUUCCAAAAUAAAAGCAGUAGUGGUGGUAAUCAACAACCAAUUGCUGUUAUGCCGGGAAUGAUGACUAUGAGUAGUGAUGAGGAUGCAAAUGGUGAAAUCGAAUCAGCAAAACCAGCUGCACCACCAAGGCCUGGAGCUGGUUCAGCGAAUCGCAAAUCAUCAUACGGCGUAACACCUAAACCAAUAAUUCCCAAAAAAUCAACAUCCACCUUCUGCACCACCAAGACCUGGGGCUCAAAAUCUUGCUGA